CUCUCUCUCUCUCUCUCUCAUUCUUUUCCCCCAACCCAACCAACCGGCAAAGGUAACUAAUGGACACAACCAACAAGGAAGAAACAGUGCCCGAGUCCGGAUCGGACUGGGCCGAGUUGACCCAGGAGUGCCUGAUCAACAUACUGGGUCGGGUCAGCCUGGAGCAGCGCUGGCGUGGGGCGAUGCUGGUCUGCAAGUCAUGGCUGCAGGCGUGCAAGGAGCCUUGCCUCAACUCCGCCUUCGACCUCCAGCCUCACUUCGAGUCCUCUCGCUGGUGGACCCCGGAGUUCGAGAGAAGGGUUGAUUCCAUUCUCCAAUCUGUCGUUGAUUGGAGCGCUGGCUCGCUUCGACACAUUCGUACCACCCACUGCUCUAAUCACUCUCUCUCUUUCGUCGCUCAAAGGUGCCCGAACCUCGAGGUUCUUUCAAUCAAGUGCUGCCCGAAUGUAACUGAUUCAUCCAUGGCUGACAUAGCUUUUCGGUGCCCCAUGAUCCUGGAACUUGACAUCAGCUAUUGCCAUGAAAUAUCUCAUGAGUCUCUGGUGUUGAUUGGAAGGAAUUGCCCAAAUCUCAAAAUCUUGAAAAGGAAUUUAAUGAAUUGGUUAGAUCCUUCCGAGCACGCUGGGGUAGUUCCUGAGGAGUACUUAAAAACUUGCCCUCAGGAUGGAAAUUCAGAAGCUGCUGCAAUUGGCAAAUCUAUGCCCAAUUUGGAGCACCUUGAACUUCGGUUCUCCAAGGUAUCGGCUAAAGGGUUUGCUUUGAUAUCUGUAGGAUGUCCAAAUCUUGAGUACUUGGAUUUGUUUGGGUGUGUAAACUUGACCAGUCGCGAUAUUGAGAAUGCAACAUCUAAUCUGAAGAAUUUGAAGGAGAUUAAAAAGCCAAAUUUUUACAUCCCCAGGUCAGUGUUCCAUACAGAGAGGUAUGGCCAUUGGAGGCUGUAUGACGAGAGAUUCCAGACAGAUGUUUUCAGAAUCUAAACUGCUAAGGUUGGAAAUAAAAUACGUAUGACCAAGUCUAUGGUGAUCUGAUCAAUUGUGGGAAAACAUAUUGUAUGCUGGUGUGUGAAGCUCUUUAAAAAGGUUCUGUAUCUAUUUGACUUCUACUUAUCUAAAAUCUUCCCAUGUAUUAAUAAUUCAGAUUUUAUGGAAUUUAUGUAUAAACAACCAUCGAGUAAUACGAAUGCUUCCACUUUGUAGUUUGUAUCAUACUUUUAAUUUUGCAGACAA